AUGUCCAAAAUUCAGAACUCAGCAUGGGCGCAAAGGAGGAACCCAGAGCUGUUGGCGCAGGGGCGCAAGGGCUUGGUGUGGAUGCGUGGGCUACUGGCGAUGCUACUGUUCCUGCACCUCGGGCAUCCCUUGGAGGCUACCUGUCCUCCAGACAACCCAAAUAACCUAACCAGCUCUUUGGGGGUUCUGAACUGGGAGGGGCUGGAGCCCUCAAGGACCUGUGUGAACAUCAGUGGCCAAAACAUCACGGAGAUCACUGGUAUUCCCAGUCAGGGGAGGUCGUUGAAGGAGCUGGACCUGUCCCACAACAGCCUGGGCAGCCUGCCUGACGGGCUCCUGAAUAACACUGGGGGUCUGGAGCAUCUCUUCCUUCAGAACAGCGGCCUCCAUGAGCUUCCGCCUGCACUCUUUGAGAAUGCCGACCACCUGAAGGAGCUGAGGCUGGAGGGGAACCCGCGGCUGCCCUCUGUGCCCGCCACGCUGUUCCGACUCUGCCUGGAGACCCUCAGCGUGGACUGCCGGUGCGACGUGGCUGAGAGCAUCUCCUCCUAUUGCCAGCGGCUCAACUGCACACCAAGCAUCUCUUGCCUCUGCUCCUCCCCUCGGGGCUUCCUCAACGUUACCGACUUCUACGCCCAGCAGUGCCGCGGCUUGUCCGUGGCCAUGUACGCUGCCAUUGUGAUCUCCGUCCUGGCUGUGCUCCUGGGAGCAGCUGUGGCAUGCGUCCUGAUCCGGAGGAAGAAGCGGGGUGCCGCAGUCCAGGAGAAAAGGGAGUCCAGAACGUCCAACGGAGCUCAGCCGAGGUACAUCAGCCACGCAGGCUUGCAGGCCAAUCCAGCUCAGGGCCUGGGAGCUCAUGCCGAUUACGAGAACGUCUUCAUUGGCCAGCCCCAGGAGGCCGACAGAGGGCACAUGGCCCGGAACAGCAGCAAGCAACCCAAGAGCAGGUCCCACCGGAAAGUCCAGAAGGCCAACGCCUCCCCCCCAGGGGGGGAACAGCCCAUCUAUGCCAACGCUCAAGAGGUGUAUUAUAACUACGUGGAGACCCCCGCCCCUCUGGACGAAGACCUCUACGUCAUGCCGGACCAGUGA